GUUAAAUUAAAAACGGGGAAUUCUUUGAGCAGAGGAUUUAGGUCAGUACCAUGAAGUGAGGUGAAGCUUUCUUUCAAUGCCGCCUUGUCCGCAGCAAUCUCUGCAAUUCUCAGCUGACUCAUCUGCCUCCACAUGGCCGACGCACUACCCUACGCUUUUCCCCCAAUUUAUUGCUCCUUAUUCAGUUACUCUAACGGCUAAAUUAAAACCCUAAUUUCACCCUCCCUCACCUCUCAUCAAUGGCGUCUCCCCCUUUUCUGUUCCUGCUGCUCCUCCUAUGGAUCCCCCUCUUUGCAGCCGCUCCCGAUCCGACGGCUAAAACCUACAUCAUCAGAAUCGACGCCUCAUCCAAGCCAUCCAUUUUCCCCACCCACUACCACUGGUACACUUCCGAAUUCGCUCAACCCACCGCCAUUCUCCACGUCUACGACACCGUCUUCCAUGGCUUCUCCGCCUUAUUAACGCCGGACGCCGCCGCGUCCCUGGCCGGCCACCCCGCCGUCCUCGCCACAUUCGAGGACCGCCGCCGGCGCCUCCACACCACGCGCUCGCCGCAGUUCAUCGGCCUCCGGAAUCAGCACGGCCUCUGGUCGGAAUCCGACUACGGCUCCGACGUCAUAGUCGGAGUCUUCGAUACCGGGAUUUGGCCUGAGCGCCGGAGCUUUUCCGAUCUGAAUCUCGGUCCCGUCCCGGCGCGGUGGCGAGGAAUUUGCCAGACCGGCGUCCGGUUCACGGCGAAUAACUGUAACCGGAAAGUCAUCGGCGCCAGGUUUUUCUCGAAAGGUCACGAAGCCGGCGCCGGCGCCGGAUUCGGAGCCAUUUUUGGGGGAAUUAACGAGACGAUUGAGUUCAAAUCGCCGCGAGACGCCGACGGGCACGGCACGCACACGGCGUCGACCGCCGCCGGAAGACACGUGUUCAAGGCGAGCCUCGGCGGCUACGCCGCCGGAAUCGCGAAAGGCGUCGCGCCGAAGGCGCGACUCGCGAUUUACAAAGUUUGCUGGAGAAUCGCCGGCUGCUUCGAUUCCGAUAUUCUGGCGGCGUUCGACGCCGCCGUGAACGACGGCGUUGACGUCAUCUCCAUCUCCAUCGGCGGCGGCGAGGGCGUCUCGUCCCCUUACUACCUCGACCCCAUCGCCAUCGGAGCAUACGGCGCCGUUUCGAGGGGCAUUUUCGUCUCUUCAUCUGCUGGAAACGAGGGCCCUAACGGAAUGUCGGUAACCAAUCUCGCUCCAUGGAUCACCACCGUCGGCGCCGCCACAAUUGACCGGAAUUUCCCGGCGGAAGUGGUCCUCGGCGACGGGACUAAACUUUCCGGCGUGUCGCUGUACUCCGGCCCGCCGCUGAACGGCAAAAUGUACCCUUUAGUUUACCCGGGGAAAUCCGGCGUCCUCUCCGUCUCCCUGUGUAUGGAAAACUCGCUUGAUCCAGCCACGGUGAGGGGCAAAAUCGUAAUUUGCGAUCGCGGAAGCAAUCCACGUGUUGCAAAAGGAUUGGUCGUCAAGAAAGCCGGCGGCGUCGGGAUGAUCCUCGCCAAUGGCGUAUCAAACGGUGCCGGUUUGGUCGGGGACGCACAUUUGCUUCCGGCUUGCGCCGUUGGAUCCGACGAAGGAGAUCGUAUCAAGGCCUAUUCGGCGGCAAAUCCAACGGCCGCCACGGCAACGUUGAAUUUCCAUGGCACCGUCAUCGGAACGAAGCCGGCUCCGGUGGUCGCUUCGUUUUCCGCAAGGGGCCCGAACAGCUUGAACCCGGAAAUUCCGAAGCCCGAUUUGAUCGCCCCGGGAGUGAACAUCCUCGCGGCGUGGUCCGACGCAGUUGGCCCGUCCAGCCUCGAGUCGGACACCCGAAAAACCGAGUUCAAUAUAUUAUCCGGGACGUCAAUGGCGUGCCCGCACGUUAGCGGCGCAGCCGCCUUGCUUAAGUCGGCGCACCCCGACUGGAGCCCGGCGGCGAUCCGGUCGGCGAUGAUGACGACCGCAAGUUUAGUCGACAACACAAUGAAUCCAAUUCUCGACGAGUCGAACGAAAAUCGCGCGACAUCGUACGACUACGGCGCCGGCAAUUUAAAGCUCGACUUAGCCAUGGAUCCGGGGCUCGUUUACGACGUAACCGACGCAGACUACAUUAACUUCCUAUGCGCAAUCGGGUACGGCCCAAAGCCAAUCGAGGUUAUUACAAGAUCCCCGGUGAACUGCCCGACGAAAAAGGCGUCGCCGGAGAAUUUCAACUACCCAUCGAUCGCUGCCCUAUUCCCAACCCGGGGCGGGGUCACGACAAAGACAUUUAUUAGGGUGGCGACGAAUGUAGGCGAGGAGGCGAGCGCCGUGUAUAGAGCGACGAUCGAGGGGCCAAAGGGGGUCGCAAUUACGGUGAUGCCGGGAAAGCUGAUGUUCUCGGAGGGUGUAAGAAAGCAACCGUACUAUGUAACGGUAAGAAUCGACGAGAAGAAUGCGACGAUCGGCGAGUCGGGGUCGGCGUUCGGAGCGGUGACGUGGACGGACGGGAAACAUGUGGUAAGAAGCCCCGUUGUGAUAACGCAAAUAAACCAGAUGUGAUUGUGAAGUGAAAAUCGAAUUGUCUUAAGGAAAUAAAUAAUUUGAUAUCAUGUAAGUUUUUUUUUUUUUUUAUAUAUUUAUUUAUUUAAUUUGAUGAUGAUCGUCGUCUUCGUCUUCGUCUUCGUCUUCGUCUUCUUUAAAGCUUGUUCUUGAAAUGGAAGAAGUUGUUGGUUGUUAGCACUUAGCAGAUGUAGUAGUAGUAGUAGAGUAUGUAUGUCUGUAUUAUCCUGGGAUAUGAGAUGGCUAUAUUAUAUUUCUGCA